ACUUAAAAAGGCAAAGAAUUUUUAAUAUUCAUUCACUUAAGAAACUUAGAUUCGUAGACAUGCUGUUGAUUGUGAUAUGUACUCUCCUUUUUGCAUUGCAGGCACAAGGUCAGAAUACAGGAUCGCCUUUCCCUGCCCCCUUAUGUCCCUAUGGACUAAGGACCAAACCUGGACAAUGUAACCUACAGAUGGCCUCCCCCUGUGAUUGUAAUGCAAAUAACGUCAGGUGUGGGCAUGACGGUGAAUGUCCCGGAAACUACAAGUGCUGUUCAUGGGGAUGUGGGUGCAGAGAUAUGUGUGUUCCUCCGGGGGUCACUGAGUGGCCAGUUGAGCGACCUCUAUCUUCCCGCUGUGAGCUGCCAGUAGUAGCUGGACCUUGCAAAGCACGCAUUCUACGUUAUUAUUUUAACAGAAGAACAGGGCGAUGCGAGACAUUCUUCUACGGAGGAUGCUGUGGGAAUGCAAACAACUUUGAAACUUUGUCAGCAUGCACCAGCAUUUGUCAAUCGAAUUCUUACAAAUACCUACAAAUGGGUUCUUUUUGCGACUGCAAUCAAAACAAUGUGAGAUGUAGCCACGAUGGAGAAUGUCCCGGAAACUUCAAGUGCUGUUCAUGGGGUUGUGGAUGCAGAGCUAUGUGUGCUCCUCCUGGGGUCACUGAGUGGCCAAUUGACCCACCUCUAUCUACUAAGUGUGAACUGCCUGUUGUGUCAGGGCCUUGUGAAGCAUUGAUUCCUCGCUACUAUUACAAUUCAGGCACAAGGCGCUGCGAGCAAUUCUCCUAUGGGGGAUGUUGUGGAAAUGCCAACAAUUUUGAAACUUUAGCUGCAUGCACUAACACAUGUCCCUCGAGUUCAUACAAUUAAACUGUUUUUUAAAAGAACUGGAAAGCAAUAAAAUUAUGAAAAAC